CCACACUCUCUGCCCUGUCGACCAGAAACAACAGUCGGUCUGAGCAGCUCGAACCCAGAGGAGUACCUUAUCCACAGCUACUCAGAUUCACUUCAGAUAGCUUCAACAGGACUUCAGGAAAGGCUCGUGCUAACAUGGCACCUCUGAAAACUGUGCUUUAUCUGGGAUUGUGUCUGUCUGUGUGGAUCAUCACUACUGCAGAUGUGAACGUUCUGUCCAAAGUAGAGGGCGUACACUGGGUGUCUCUGGACUUUAAAACCAUCCUCAACUGGACUGCCACAGCAGCAAACGACACAUACACCGUGCUGUACUCUGAAGAUGGUAGAGAGUGGAAUGAGAGUCCUGACUGCAUCCGAGUGUCAGAGUCAGAGUGUGAUCUGAGCAGCUACCUGGAAUUCUUCAACAGGACCUUCACUGCUGACAUCGUAACAGAGCCUGUGACCAUGGACUAUGAAUAUGGCCUGGAGGACCUCCCUCAUACUUAUUCCCUACCCUUCAACCCCUAUACAGGGAGUAACAUCAGUGCUGUGAAAUUCACUGUGGAGGCUCUAGAUGAUGGCAGAAUAAUUGUCAACAUCACAGAUCCUCUGACCAGUAUCCAUCGGCGUGGGAAGCAGCUCAGCAUCAGAGACGUUCUCAAAAAUGACCUCAAGUAUAAGAUCAGCUACUACAAGUCUGGAAGUACAGGCAAGAGAGACAUCAUAUCUGACUCCAGUAUGGCAGAGGUGUCGAAGUUAGAUGCAGGACAACGUUACUGCUUCAUGGUGGCAGCUUUCAUCCCCUCCAGACCCAAAGCCACCCGGCAAGGCCCCUGGAGCAUCCAACAAUGUACACCUCGAGACAGUAACGUCGUGGAAGAGUUGAGCACUGGAGCGUGGGUUGGUAUCGUCUUCAUCUUGCUAACAGUCCUCAUCAUCAUCAUUACAGUGACGGUCCUCUGCUGCAGAUGCUGCCAACAAAGAAACAAAAGCCUCCACUCAUCUCAGUCAUCUGCACCUAUUUAGUAUGUGUGUGUGUGUGUGUGUGUAUGUGUCUGUGUGUAUGGGACGGGGGGGUCUUUGAAACACAGGGAGCUGGUUUCCCUUUAGUUUUCUAUGUCCUGUCUUUUUCUAGGAAAACAUCACUGUACUUUGCUCUGCUCUUUGUUUCGUGUAUUGUGAUGUGUGUUUUUUGAAUUUCAUAUUUUAAAGGUUGACAUGUGCAGCUUGCUCUGACAACUCAUAAAGAAUUCAGCUUUUCAGUGUCUGCAUUGUAAUCACCACCUGUGCAUGUCUGCCAUUUAUAACAUGUGCUUAAUACCUUGUGUGGAUCCACGCUCAUUAAUGCAUUAAGAAUUAUGUACAACUUUGUUUUAGAAUGUCAAAAGCUAACCACAGCAGCAGCUUCAACUCAAAGAAAGCUAAUUAAAGAGAUAUGAAAUCUGAUUUGUCUACUCUGCCAUAUGAGUGCAGACUAAAUGUGUAACAUUCCCUCACAAGGUUUUUCCAAAAUCUUCUUAUUUUAACUGGUGUGUCAGUCCAGUUUUCUCUAAACAUGAUUUUUAUGAUUCAUUCGUUCAGCUGAAGUUUCCCUGAAAGUUCUGUCAUGACUAAAUAUUAAUGACCACUGCAACUACAGUCCAUGCACCUUUUUAGUGCCAUCAAGUGGCUGAAACGACAACUACAUCAGCAAACUCUGUAACUAACUCAUUCUAUUCAUUAUUCAGUUAUUUUCUGUGCUACAAGAUUAUCUUUUGUUGAUCAAAAGGAAGAAAAGCAAUAAAACACUGAAAGUGAAAAGGUCCAGAUCCCACAAUUCAUUUAUAAUCCCAUUCAAAGUGAUGUUCAUCACUGUGUGUCAACUAUGUUUAAGUAGAUUAACAGGCACUCACUCGCAUGCAUGCACACACGCACACGCACACGCACACACACACACACACACACACACACACACACACACACACACACACACACACACACACACACCACCUGCACAACACCAAACAGCAGCUUUAAACUUUAAAUGAAGCAGCGUGGGUGUGAAAAGUUCUGUUACACACUCUUGUUUUUCCCUUUGACAGUGGUCUCUUAAUGAUGAACCAGACCACAUGCUGGCAUUAUAGAAGACUUUUAUUUCUUAAUUUUUCCAACACAGAACCUCACAAUUAGACAGCAACACAUACGACAUCACACAGAAAUGUAUUAUCAUCACAAGAAACUAUGGUUUGACCAUGGCAAAACACAGAAGUUGUUUUGAAUAUCAUUUCAGUCAACCCUGGCUUUUAAAGUGCAUACAUCUGUAUGAUAGAAAACACACGCUGCAACAAAUGACAAGCUCCAGAAGCAACUAUCUUUUCUGUCUCUCUCGACAACAUUACUGCUCUGACACCUGCUUUCACGAGUAUUGUGAUCAUGACAGAAUAAAUAGAAAUGAUUACAAAAUAAUAGUCCAUAAAUAAAUAUGUUGUCAUUUUUACAGUGCAGGGAAUGUGAUCUUAUUGUGCUACGUGUGCCUAUGUACAAUGAUGCAUUUUCAACAUUUCAGUAUGGAUACCAUUUAUAAGUCAAGAACAGUUUUAGCUUUGGAUAGUAUAACUCAGACGUGGGACACUUGUACAUGUUGUUCGUGUUUUAAGAGGAAACUCCAGGUGGAAAAUGUUACUGAAUCCUUGUUCUGAAGAACAAAUCUGGUACAUUAAUAGGAGUGCCAGCGUUCUUCGAAGUGCUUUAACACAUGUUCCACUACACGUUUCCUUUAGUUACUUUGUUGGAAACUGCAAAACAACAUGUUUUUCAAACAGCUGAACAUAAAAUGUUGAUGUCAUGCAGAAGUGUUGAUUUAUGAUAAAUAUUAUGAGACAAUAUGCUGUAAAUUGUUCUAGUGCUGUGCCAUUACAGCGCCGCUGCAGAUAUCCCACCUAAUAUCACUGGUUGUAUGGGGUUUUUGUGUUCAAUUUUGCAAAUCACUGAAUAGGACUGCUUUACUACAAACUGGCUUUCAGUUGCUUGGUACCUAAUUUGCAGGAUUACCCCAAAACAACAACAAAAAAAAUGCCUUUAUCUAUUUUAAUUAUCAAUUUCUUUUUCCAAGAAAUGUAAUAUAUUGCAGUAUUUAGGUGCAUCUUGACAUAAGGUUACAUAUACUGUGAUGGAUAAGUUAUCCAUAUCACCCACAGUCAAAUCCAUGUCAUGCCUGUAUGUUGCUUGUACUGCAUGAAUGACAAAUUUGAUUCAUUUGAAAAUUUAACUGAACAUGAUUUUGUACAGAAGAUGGCACUGAAGACUGGCUCUCACAGGUAUACAGUAUUUAUAUGAAAUAUGUCUGUUAGUUAUGUUGCCUGAUGACGUUGACUGUUCCGAACUCAUCUCUUGUUCUUGUCCAUAAAGCCAGCAGAAUGUCAGAUCUGACUCAGAGGCGUCGUAUCAUACUUUUUAAUGUCUUGGUUAUACAGUGUGUACAGUACAUGACUUUGCAUUUUGUCUUGACACAGCACAUGGUUACACAGAAUGUUUGCUUUUCAGGGUUCACAGUGUUGUCAUGCAAUCAUGGCAAAGUAGUGAUGAGGUAGGCGAGAACUGAAACUUAAUAUUAACUGAAAUGUUCCUGCAGUGCCUGUCUGUUCCAGUGUGAUGGUAGACUGUCAUCCGAGAUAGAUCACCUUCAUUGGACACACCACUGUUCUAUCAUACAAUCACAUUCUUCAUUUUAUAUAAGAAUAAUUCUGUAUGUAUAUUUCUGUAUUUGUAAACUGUUUGAUGAAUUGGUUACAUGAUAUAUUGAAUGUGGACUGCUUCACUAACCAGGCCACUAGAUGAAAUGUACUGGUAGUUGUGGACUGUUUCUUCCAGCAGCAGAAACAGAGCAGUGACAGUUAAACUGCAGCAUUUGUUCUGAGUGUCUGUGUCACCUUAAAGCAGCUGUAACUGACAACAAUAACAAUGUAUGAAAUGAAAUGAUCACUAUCACUUGAACCUAUGACGAAUAAUCACCUGAAUCUGCAACCCCUCCCCCCUCGGCUUUUCACAGUUUUAGCUCAUUGUUUAGCUGUGCUACUUUACUGUUGGAUGGUUGUUGGUCUCACCACCCUCACAGCAGGCAGCUGUUCUUAACGAAAAAACUCUACAAACCCACUGUUUAUGACCUGCCACAGCUAGACGAGCAGGGGAACACACGGGAGCAUUUAGCAGCUGAAUAACCUCAGGAGUUGGUAGAGCUAAAGAGUCUCCAAAUGAAUGAUCACAUUGCUCCUCAACUGCUGGAUGUCUAAAUAUAUGUAGAUGUUCACAUGUUCACCAUAUCAGCUUUAAAGGUGAUCAUAUGUCUAUGCUGUGUUUGCAACUUGUUUCUUGUUCCCAAAAACUAUUAUUGCAGGUUUAAUAAAAGAAUGAUGGAAAAUGUUCUACUUCAUGCAGGUUUAUCUGACAUCAUUCAACCAGCAAGACCUACUGCUCUCUACAGCCAACCCAUAGCCAUACAGAGACAGAGUUUGGACACUGCAGUCUUUAGGGGCAGCCAAUACUGAGCUGAUGGUGGCAGAGCAGUCAGGAUACAUUUACCAUAAAGCCCAUUUCUAUCUGAGCUCAGUCCCCCUCUCUGACUGUCUUUGGUUUGGCGGGAGUAAACAUGUUGGAAGGGAUUUUCUCAUUGGCCUAUCAGACCUUACCUGCCAGCAAGAAACUCUGAAAACUGUCAGCCCAUUUCUCUACUUGUUUGCGCUGUAAAGCGAUCAAGUGCUGCUCGUGCCAGAUCCCACCUGGUGCGUGAAUCUAGCUGUGUCCCAAUUCCAUACUUAAUACUAUGUCUAAGCAGGUUUCCAGUAGGUAGUAAAUUUCACAUUUUCAAAGGUGUCAAUCUGCCUGCCUACAGCAGCCUGAGUGUGCUGCUGCUGAUGACAGUUGGCCAACAAUGCAAUGCAUAAAGGAAAUGCAGGAGACAUUUUGGACAGUUGUGAAACACAUUCAAAAUGCCCCAGUAAACCAAAAAAAGUACAAAAUCUCUAUUGGUUUGUUUGUAAAAUCUGAUUUUGGGGUGAGUGGGAUAUUCUACAGUGUCAAAAAUAAACUUGUCAGAUCUCUCUGGUGGACAAACUCUAUACGAUAUAGACAUCUGAAACAUACGAUGGCAUUUCUGUAAUUUUGUUGCUACUCCAUUUACACCCAUGCUGAUAUAUGGAUAAUAAGUUAAAUCUGCUGUAAUCUGUAUUAGCUCAAGUUACCCUAUCUGUUUGCUGUUUUUUGAGUGUGGUCACAAGUCUUUCUGUUUUU